CGCUCCGACCCUCGGCUGCUUUCCCAGUUCUUCUUUGCUGACGAGAGGGUGACGCAGGUGGUGGCUGAGAUCAAUGGGCUGGAUGCCGAGCUGGACCCGCAGCAGUACCUGGUGCUCCUCAACCAGCUUCACCUCAGUCAGGCUCACCUGCUGUCCGUGCUGGAGCAGAUCAUGGAGGAGUGCAUCCCUACGCAGCGUCACAGCCGUGACUACCUGGUCAAGUUCCCUGAGGAGCUCUUGGUGGACAACCUGGGGAACCACAUGCUGUUUGCUGCUGAGUGUCUCCUGGCUGGGACCUUCCUGGAGGUGGAGGAGGCGGAUGGAGCUCAUCUACGGCCCCAGGCCAGGAACCUGCUGUGCAGCCUGGAGCUGGUGCGGACAGUGCUGCGGGAGCAGAGCCUGAGCCAGCCCAGCUCUUACCCAGAGCCUGUCCGGGCUGUGCUUGUGCAGUUUGACCGGCUCUUCGCAGAGGUCGAGCUGAGUUAUGUGUCCUCACUGGUGGCGGUGAAGUCUCCCGAGGAGAUCUACAGGCAGCAGGAGAUCAUUGUGCUCUUCUGUGAGACAGUGGAGAGAGCCCUGCGCCUGGGCUACCUGACCCAGGAGAUGAUCGAUGGCUAUGAACCACUGCUGAUGUUCACCAUCCCUCGCCUGGCUAUUAUCAGUGGCCUUCUCAUCUACCCGGAUGGUCCCCUCAGCCUGGAACGGAGCCCUGAGCAGAUGUCCCAGGUCUUCAGCCCCUUCUACAGCCUCCUGAAGAAGAUCAAGGACCUGCUGCAGGUGCUGUCAGUAGAGGAGCUCUGCCUGCUGGAGAGGAGCCUGUGCACAGCUGAGCAGGACCCCCAGUCCCCGGGGACAGGGCUCAGUGCCACCCUGGGUGCACACUGCUCGGAGCUGCGCUCCCGCUACAGCAGCACCAAGGACAUGCUGCACACCCUCUUUGUCUGCAUCUCGGGAGUGGCCGAUCAACUCCAGACCAACUUUGCCAGUGACCUGCGGAGCAUCUUGAAAACGGUUUUCAAGAUCGUGGCCUCACAGGCAGAGCCCUCAGAGGAGCCAAAGGGCAGCA